CGAGUAAGCGGUGCUGGACAAAUAUGACAGGGCAAGAGGUUCAAAUCUAUAGAAUCUUCGACUAUUAAAGAACUUCAUCCAGCCCGAUGAAAUUCCUAGCACUUCACGCUAGGUUGAAGAUACUGUUAUGGAGCGGAAGUUGUAAUCUUUCUAAUAACCAUCAUGCAUAUUCAAAAGCGAACGCAUCACCUGGCAGCAGACGAGCAGUAUCAGCAGUCGCUGACAUAUGGUCUGAUCAUUGGCACAGGACUGCUGUCUUUGAUCGUUUGUGGCUUGAGGCUUUACACAAGAGGCAUUGUAGUCAAGGUCUUUGGAUUGGAUGACGCCGCGGUCUGCAUUGCAUUGGUCGUUACGCAGGCUUUCAACGGGUUGGGCAUUGCUGUUGUCUACUAUGGAGAGGGACAACACUUCGUAAACGUGUCUCCAGAGGACCGCGCAACUUGGCUCAGGCUUUACUAUGUGGCAAUGUGUCUGUAUCUCUAUGCCUCAUUGUCGGUGAAAAUCAGCUUGCUUUUAUUCCUACGACGGAUAUUUAUUAAAACCUGGCUUCAUACUCUCACUCUAUGUUUAAUGAUCUUCCAUGUUUUAUUUUCUGUAUCUGGCUCUUUCGUUCUGGCUUUUCAAUGUGACCCUCCAAGGGCUGCCUAUGACUUGACCAUAACGAAUGGUAAAUGCUACAGUCAAUUCAAACUGUUCCAGAUUGUACUAUACCAAGCAGUACUUAUCUUCGUGGGCGAUUUAAUCAUAUUGGUUGCACCAAUGCCGAUUCUAUGCCGGCUAAACAUGCCCAUGAGGAAAAUCGUUGCUUUGAUGAUAAUUUUCGGAUCCGGUAUAAUUGCCUGUAUUGCUCCCAUCGUGCGAUUCAGUACGCUGGAUUAUUUGCGUAAAGGCACUACGGACCUGACCUAUGAGUCGUCUUCAUCCUUAUACUGGAUGACUAUUGAGUUCAAUCUCGCUCUGGUAGCUGGUUCCCUCUCGUCUCUUCGGCCGUUGCCCCUUUUCCGCCGGUUCGGAUCCAGUGCACACUCGGGAUACAAGGCUUCGACUGAAGAUACACACGAGCUUCAGAAAGUGAAGGCGAACGGCGCCAAAGGCAGGAAAAAGCCGAGUUUAGGAAUGGGGACUUCGAUACUACAAGACACUUUCAAUGACAGCCAAGAGCGUAUUAUCCAUAUGGCCAAGGUGAAUACUCCCACGGAACAAAAUUGAUUUCCAAUUAUCGGGGCGCCACUAUACUUUGUCCCCCUUCAAAAGCGACUCUUAAGACUUUUUUUUCCCCGUCGGUGGGAUACAAGCUUUCCUGCCCUUGUUGCAUCGGUAAAUGCAGGGAUCUUAAUUACAUUAUCAGAUAUCGUCAAUAUCUUCAUUGGUUCUGCAUGACCAGGUAGAACAUUU